AUGAAGCUGUUGAAGUUUCCAUGGCUUGUACUAAUCAAAAUUCUAAAGUUUAUGGACACACUCGACAUAAUUAAUCUUUCCUCUACCAACCGUAGACUUCGAGAGCAAUACACAAGCGAAAUCAAUCCGGAAGGAAUUAAUAUAAUGUUCAGUCGCUAUAUAGCAGUUAUCGGGAUUAAAGGUUCCCGACUCAUCGACUUCAGAAACGAUGCUAGCGCUGAUUCUGUCCCAAUUGGAGUUAGGACGAUCGGGUCUAUAACUUUUAAUGCCUUUUCGCGUGCCAUAAAUGACCAAUUUUGGGAAGCAGUGGUCGAAGAUAGGUACACUCCCUGUUUGACACUGGCUCAGUACUUCAUGACUAUUUUCCCAAAAGCUGAACAGAAUUAUUUCUGUUGCGACUAUGAAUGCGAGAUGGAAGAGAGCACACGACAACUACUUGCAUCAUGGGAUCUGGAUUUGUUCAAGGAAAAAGAAUUUAAGUUCUCCGUCGAAUCCGAUGAAAACACUAAAAACCUUGUAAAUCAGUAUUGCAAAAGCAACCAAUUGUCUGUGAUUGGUUUAGAAGAUGGGGAUUACAAAGAUGGAGAUUACAAAGUCACGAGAACAAAGAACUUUGAAGAUAAUGAAUUGCCUGAGGACAGUGAUUUCUUGUUUGAUCGCUUUCCUGACCUGGUAUAUUUUAUCAGAUACAUCCUUAUAUCCGGGCUCAAAGUUGGAAUCGAAGCGUGGCGUGAUCUUAUCAAGAAAUGGGUUGAAGAGGAUUUGGAUCAGCUGGUUUUCGUGUGUGCAAAUGGAGUAACCAGCUUGAAUAUGUUAGAGCUCACGGAAGGAUUUUCUACUCAUCCAUGGAACGACGAAGAAAUGAUCGAGUUCAAAAAGUGA